AUGACUUAUUCUAAUAUGUUAAGCCUGAAACAUACAAGCAACUCACUUUUCAGUAUUCCUGGUUUCUUUACAGGGUUUGGUAAUAAAGGUUCAUCAGAUUCUGACUCAGUUAGGAGUCCUCCAUCUCCUCUAGAUUUCAGAGUUCUUUACAAUCUUAGCAACCCAUUUAGUCUUAAGUCUGGUAGACCAUCGUCCCAAAAUGGAAAUCAAACGAAAUGGGAUUGUAGUAUAGAAGGCCUCGGCAUUGUCAAUUCACUCAGUGAUGAAACUAAAGCAACUAGUGAAAUUAUUGGUUCACCAAAGAGGAAGAAUAUAAUUUUUGGAUCACAGGUGAAAACUAACGUCUCUAACUCCUCAAAGAUUUAUUAUGAUUCAGACGAUUGUCCCAUCAAGUCCAAAUCUUUAAAUAGGAACUACAUAACUCUCGAUCCCGAACACCAAGCAGACCAAGUGAAUGGUUUCUUUGGGAGUGUGGGACGUCCUUUGGAAUCUGAACCAUCUGAAAACAUUGCAUCAUUCUUGUUGAACUCCAGUGGUUCCUCACAAAGUGGCUCUAUGUAUGAUCCAAACUUGAGGUUCAAAAGUCUUGAUUCAGUGGAUAAAACUUUGAGUUCAUCUUUAGUUUUAGGCAGAAGUUUCCAAGUAGAAAAUUCAGUGGGUUUCAAACCCAGUUCACUUCCAGUACCCAUUGCCUCUACUCAUCAAUAUGCAUCCUCUAUCUCUGCAAGAGAGAUAGAACUGUCUGAGGAUUAUACCUGUAUAAUUUCUCAUGGUCCAAAACCUAAGACAACUCAUAUUUUUGGGGACUGUAUUUUGGAAUGUCACACAAAUGAGUUAAACAAUUUUGAUGAAGCAAAACUCUGGAUAGAAUCACCUCGAGUGGCUAAGUACCAGGACAGAUUGGCAAAUGAGCAUUGGGAUGAAGCGUUGAGAUUCUGUUACACCUGCAAGAAGAACUUGGAAGGAGAAGAAAUGUACAUGUGCAGAGGUGAGAAAGCAUUUUGUAGUUUCGAUUGUCAUUCGGAGAAGAUUUUUGCUGAAGGGGAAAUAGAAAGUAACGCUUCGAUGCGGCCAAUAUACCCCUGA